CUCCUUUUCUCAGGCGUUUGUAGUAUUUUAGAACUUGUCACUAUGUAUCUUUUGGGUUGGAGAGGAAAACAUUGGGUAAAAUAGUAUCAAGAAAAACCUAGAUACUUGAGCGAAGUUCCUAUGAAAGGCUUCUAGGAAAAGGAUUUUCAUUCUUAGAACAAAUCUUUUUGAAUGUUUAUUAUAUGUGUUUUGUCUCAUGUUUGAGGCUAAAAAAGCAGAAUAACGUAAAUGGGCUCAAUAAUAGUGCGUGAGAAGUAGCUGGAGAAGUCGUCGUGUUAGUGGUUUGAAAGAAUUAUUUGACAUUUUACAAAUUAUAUUUUCCAUUCGUAUUGUGGAGGCGUUUAAACAGUUGUCCCAAAGUACUUUAGGAUGUAUAACGGUAUAAACCCCUCCAGGAAUGCAGCCCUCACUGGACAGUUAAAAUCAGAAUUUUAAAGGGCUAUUUUGGUUUGACUCGGUCGGGGUACCUGAUUCCUUUUGUCUUUCAUGCUAGGUGAAAAGGCGCUAUCAAAAUCCUUCUCUGAGACCGCACCUAUUAAAAGACUGGGCCAAUGUCUAUGUACACUGUCCAGGUUACUAUGGCUACCACCAUGGAAGAGACAUGGUCCCUGUCUUGGAGGAACCCACCUUCUGGUAAAGAUACCAGAGAAUAGAGACAUGAUUUGGAUGCAAUAUUAUGGGUGCAACAAUUAAGUAUUGAAGGACACAAUGUAUAUGAAGCUGGCCCAUGUUCUCUUCAUUACUACACCUCAGGUGUGGAGCUAAGUGAUUGAAUCAAGUGUGGAGCUAAGUGAUUGAAUCAAACGUAUCGAGACACAAAAAGAGAGGCGACCCCUGGACCAGCGCGAGGGACCCACCCGCACCAUGACCGAGACCACCAAGACCCACGUUAUCUUGCUCGCCUGCGGCAGCUUCAAUCCCAUCACCAAAGGGCACAUUCAGAUGUUCGAAAGAGCCAGAGAUUACCUACACAAAACUGGAAGGUUUAUUGUCAUUGGUGGGAUUGUGUCUCCUGUCCACGACUCCUAUGGAAAACAGGGCCUUGUGUCGAGCCGGCACCGUCUCAUCAUGUGUCAGCUGGCCGUCCAGAAUUCCGACUGGAUCAGGGUGGACCCGUGGGAGUGCUAUCAGGACACCUGGCAGACAACCUGCAGCGUCCUCGAACACCAUCGGGACCUCAUGAAGCGGGUGACUGGCUGCAUCCUCUCCAAUGUCAACACACCCUCCAUGACGCCUGUGAUUGGACAGCCCCAAAAUGAGACCUCCCAGCCCAUUUACCAGAACAGCAAUGUGCCCACCAAGCCCACUGCAGCCAAGAUCCUGGGAAAGGUGGGAGAAAGCCUAAGCCGGAUCUGCUGUGCCCGCCCACCGGUAGAGCGCUUCACCUUUGUGGAUGAGAAUGCCAAUCUGGGCACGGUGAUGCGGUACGAGGAGAUUGAGCUGCGGAUCUUGCUGCUGUGUGGCAGUGACCUUCUGGAGUCCUUCUGCAUCCCAGGGCUCUGGAAUGAGGCAGAUAUGGAGGUGAUUGUCGGGGACUUUGGGAUCGUGGUGGUGCCCCGGGACGCAGCCGACACAGACCGAAUCAUGAAUCACUCCUCAAUACUCCGCAAAUACAAAAACAACAUAAUGGUGGUAAAGGAUGACGUCAACCAUCCCAUGUCUGUCGUCAGCUCAACCAAGAGCAGGUUGGCCCUGCAGCAUGGGGACGGCCAUGUCGUGGAUUACCUGUCCCAGCCGGUCAUCGACUACAUUCUUCAGAGCCAGCUGUACAUCAACACCUCGGGCUAGCAGCCCCAGGGCCCUCUGCUCCAAUCGCCCCUCGUCCCCCACCAACACACUGGCCCCUGCAGCCUCUGUCCGUCCCAUUUCUCUCCUGCCUCUCUGUUCCUCCAUCUCAUCUUGACUGUUGUCCCCACUUGCUGACUCAACCCCCCACAGUGUGGAGGACCUGCAGAGAACCACGGCAUACCCCACUCCGCAGUCAUCUUCGGACAAACUUUCCUCUAGUCUCCGGGUUGGGGGUGGGUGAGGGGGUAGGGGUGGGGGAAAUGCGGUCCUCGGAGAUGUGUGGGUGUCCGUCUCCCAGCAUGCUCUGGGGAGGCGGCUCCAGCCCUCGCCUUCCCAGCAUGCCCUUUACCACAAAGGGCUAUUAUUCUUUCUUUCUUUCUUUCUUUUCUUUCGUUUUUCUAUGUUUUGUGUUGUUGUUGUUCUCUCCUCAGAGAACUUGGAUCCAGUCAGUGUCCGUGGUUCUUUAUGUUUGUAGUCUUGUUGCAUUCCUGUGGUAUUCCUUCCAUUUUGAUAGGAUACCGCAGCCAGCCUCAGCUCUCAGAAGGUGCGUGUGGGCUACACCCGGUGAACGAGGCCGAGCCACCUCCACUUUCCCAACACCCUCACCCACCUACCCACUUUCUCCCCUCUGCUGCCCACACACACCGCAGUCUGGGGUCGAGAUUGAGACAUUCAUGUUCUGAAACCUGGGAUGCAAGUCUGGGAAUAGGAGGGUUUCUCAGAAGGAUUUGAGCCCAUUUCCCUAGUUUCAGACGACCACGUUCCUGAUGGGCCUGUGAUCACACAGAGCCAGUCCCUUCUCCUUUCUUGGUGGCAUCUGUACGGUUACUUAUUUGGGCUGUGACUGAUGACAGAAUGUGGGUUGUUCCCUGCCAGCCCGGGCGUUACCAAGGGACCUUCAGAUCACCAUCAAAGCCCUUGGAGGCCAUACUUAGACGCAUUCUUGCAUUUGAGAAGAAUCACGUACGCAAGGCCAAAUCCUAAUAAUGCAGUCAUUUCUGAAAUAAAAUAUGCUAGCAGUUCACUCAA